CUUUUAUGUAUUUAUCUCCUUGUUUUCCUCGAUUGUAAACUCUAGACUUUUAGUAUUGUUUUCUCUUGCUGUGAACUUGGGGCAUAUACACUCUUUUUUAUCUCGAGUAUCAACACCGGUCAUUACAAUCGAAAUGAUGCGCAACACUCUCGUUCUUGCCGCACUCGCGGUCACUGCCCUUGCUGGACCUUGUAAACCCACCAGCUCUUCCACUGAGCUUGUGUCGACCACUAUCGGGUCGACCGAGUCAUCCUAUAUUGAGACCUCCGUCACCGACGAAGCAACAUCCUCUACAGCCGUCACUGAGAGCACAGACGUAGUCACUUCCAUCGCCAGCUCGGAUGCGACCACUACCGCCGAAGCCACCACGACCUCGGGCUCCGAGUCAACAACAACAGCUCCACCAGAUGACAGCUGUGCAGAAAGCCUCUACGAUAUGAAUGGCGAGCCUGAGUUCACAGAUCGGAUUGCGGACUGCCAGGACCUGAAUAUAGUCACAGUCAGCUCCUACCAAGUGACUAUGACAGUGAAGAAGCGCGGCAACGUUAUAAUCAUCCCUACAAAUCCGAUUGUGCGUCGUGCCGAGGGCGAGGCGGCAACAACUAUCUUUCCGACUGGUGUUCCAGCUUACGCUACAUACUGCGAUAGCCCAUCAGCCUACUAUGAGGCUUGCUCUCAGUUUGGCGUUACUGCGUUCACAACUACAAUUCCGGAGCCUACGACUACUGAGACUAUUACUGAGUAAGGCACAAUGGCUUGGCUUCAUAUUGUAUAGUAAUAACCUUUAUUUCAGAGCUUAAUCUUAGACAAAUCCUAUCUAUCUAAUUUAUUUUUCUUGCGAAGCAGUCGGAAGGUUACCCUAACCUUUGUGAUGCCUUUACUAGCAUAUACUACUUUAUAACUCUUAUUUCACUUAUCGCACGAGGCCGAAGAGGAGGCAGUGUAAUUUAGAUUUCGACGAAUAUCUGUCGGAGGCGGUGAUCUUGAACUCAAUCUUGUUUAUUUCGCAGACUGGUAACUGGGGGCAAUGCUUGUUAAUAAGCAUGCUACUACGAUCUGGAGAUAAAGUAUACAGUCUGGGUUAUUCUCUUUAAUAUCUGUGUAGCAAUUCCUGCAUAUUCUAUUUCCCUAGGACAUGCACAAUAUUGUGUACGGAUUGUAUCUUGGCGUGAGCCGUGCAAAACCUGUCCCAGCGACCAUCCACAAUACCCCUCACGCCAAGCCAGUUUCUCUCAACCAACAGCAUGUAUUCUUUUUCUCAUCGUCACUUGUCCUCAAACCAAGUUUAGCCUAUAUCAAUCCUUCGGGCUGCCUCCUUGCUAACUUUAUUUCGACGACUGUAUGCCAGCCAUUUGCAUCCCGGGUUUCAACCGCCCGACUAACGUGGCAUUUGUCACGGUCUCGACUCUAUGCCAAGCGUCUCUUAUGCAUCAGACAGCAAGCGACAAAGCUCAAAACGGAACUCUUUCUCAGCAGUCAAGGGUCAACCAACAAGAAAGGCUCGUCACCUGCCA